CACCCGGAUAAGGACAUAGAAGCUACCACCCGCCCUCAAUGACGCUCGAGGUACGAGGGGUAUGUUCUUCAAUGCCCUCUCACCUCGAACACAGCUCCUCCGCUUUCCCUUUUCGAAAACUCGAUUGUAAUAUCGCUCUUCGACCCAAACGUACCGUUUUCCUAGCCAAAAGCCAAAGUGCGAAAAUUGCAACUGUCAUUGAACAACGCACACCAUGUCUCCACACGCCAUGAUGUACGAGUC